AAGUAGUGUGAAUAUCUUAUGUAUUUGUUUAUGUGCAUGUGUUAUAUGUGUCUGUGUGUGUGUAUGUGUCUCUGCUGCAAUUAACUAACUACAUUUAAUGCAAUUAACUAACAAAAAUACACAAAAGUAGAAGCAGAAGAAACUGUUCUCGCCUUUUUCAAUGCCUCAACAAGCGGCAAAGCAGACGCCGCAGCAGCAGCAGCAGCAGCGAUAACAGCAGUGAUAACAGCAACAACAAUUAAUAUAAACGAGCGAAAGAGCGAAGCAAUUAAAGCUUAAAGAGGAAGAGGAAGAAGCUUUAGCAAAAGAAUCGACAAAAUCCAAAGACAGCCCACGAAUGCAGCCAACAUUGCCACAAGCCGCUGGGACAGCCGAUAUGGAUCUGACGGCUGUUCAAUCAAUCAACGAUUGGUUUUUCAAAAAGGAGCAAAUUUAUUUAUUGGCACAAUUUUGGCAACAGCGCGCUACUCUAGCCGAGAAGGAAGUGAAUACACUCAAGGAGCAACUAUCCACAAGCACGCCUGGCAGCAAUAGUGACAGCAACAGCAACAGUGACAACAAUAACACAACAACAGCAGCAACAACAACAACGACAGCAACAGGAGCAACAGCAGCCUCAUUGAUUGGCAGUGAGGAGGAAGCCACUGGGAAUUGUGAAAGCGAUAGCGAUAAGCUGCUGAAUAGCUCCAUUGUUGCAGCGGCAUUAACGCUGCAGCAGAACGGCGGCAAUCUGCUGGCCAAUACAAAUACACCGUCGCCAUCGCCGCCGUUGCUGAGCGCCGAGCAGCAGCAACAGUUGCAGAGCAGUCUGCAGAACGGCGUCGGCGGCGCUUGUCUCAAUCCGAAGCUCUUCUUUAAUCACGCACAGCAAAUGAUGAUGGAGGCGGCAGCUGCUGCUGCUGCUGCGGCGGCUGCAGCUGCAGCGGCAGCACAACAACAACAACAGCAACAAUCGCCAAUGCACUCACCCGCUGCCGCAGUCAACAACACACAAGCAACAGCAGUUGCAGCAAACACAGCAACAACAGUAGCAAACACAGCAGCAACAAUAGCGACACAUCAACAGCAAGCAGCACGCGAUGUUGCUGAGGCAACAGCAACAAGCAAUUGCAAUGACGAUGACGAGGACGACGAUGAGGAGGAUGCAUCGAUGCAGUCAAAUGUGGCACAUGCCGAUGGUGAACUCGACGAUGAUGAUGAUAUGGAGCUGGAGUCCGAGCAUGUUGCUGCUGAGAUCGGCAAUGUUGCUGCCGUCGCCGUCGCCGUUGCCGUUGGCGCUGAGUCAUCGGCAAGAACUGAAAAUGUUGCCGAUGUGCAGGCAACGCAACAUGUUGCUGAUGUUGACGACAAUGAUGAUGAUAAUGAUGAUGAUGAUGAAGAUGUUGCUGAUGAGCAUGGGGAGGAGCACGAUGAUGAUGAGGAAGCUAGUUUAAAUGUUAGCAAUAAUCAUAACAACAUAAAUACCGAUAGCUGUAGUCGAAAGAACAACAACAACAACAACAAGAACAGUGAGACGCAACAUGUUGCACUGCGUGAUAAUAAUGUAAAUGAGCAACAUGUGGCACAUAGCGCUGAGGAUGAGGAUUGCACCAAUAACAACAAUACUAACAACAACAACAACAACAAUAACAACAGCAACAGCAAUGAGAAGCGCAAAAAGCGCAACGCCAGCAACAAUAACAACAACAACAACAACCAGCCCGCUGUUCUAUUAGCUGCCAAAGACAAAGAGAUUAAAGCACUUUUGGAUGAGUUGCAACACCUGCGCGCUCUGGAGCAAACUCACCUUGUACAAAUCCAGAGGCUCGAGGAGCAUUUGGAGGUGAAGCGACAACACAUAAUGCGAUUGGAGGCGCGUUUGGAUAAGCAACAGAUCAAUGAGGCAUUGGCCGAGGCAACUGCAUUGGCGGCCGCUGUGAAUGCGGCAGCCACAAAUAACAAUAACAAUAAUAACAACAAUAGCAAUAUCAAUAUCAACAAUAACAACAACAACAACAACAAUCACAGUAGCCAGAGCAGUGAGAACAACAACGAGACAACAACAGCAACAACAACAACAACAGCGACAGUGUUCAAAACAACAACAACAGAUCUUACAUCGACUCAUCAGCCCAAUGACGAUGAUGACGAUGACGAUGAUAAUGAUCGGGAUCGUGAUCAUGAUCAUGAUCAUGAUAAUGAUAAUGAGCUGCAAGAUGCCAAUGAUGAUGACGAUAUGGAAAUUACUGGCAACGAGCAACAACAACAACAACAGCAACAACAACAACAUGCUGUUUCUAACAAUCGGCAUGAGCAGGAUAACGAUGAGGAGGAAUCCGAGGAGCACGAUAUCGAAAUGUCCAAUGCCACAGCCACAGCGGAUAGCAAUGAGCUGAAAAUCAAAAAGGAGCAACACAGUCCACUGGAUCUGAACGUGCUCAGUCCACAGUCGGCCCUGGCCGCUGCCGCCGCGGCCGCAGCAGCCGCUGCCUGCGCCAACGAUCCGAACAAAUUCCAAGCCCUGCUCCUGGAACGCACCAAGGCGUUGGCAGCCGAGGCGCUUAAAAAUGGCGCCAGCGAUGCGUCGAUUGCGAAUAGCGAUGAUGCCGCCUCACACCACCAACAUCAGCACCAGCAUCCACUCCAGCAGCAACAGCAGCAGCAACAGCAACAGCAGCAAUUACUGCAGCAGCAACAUCAUCAUAACAGCAGCAAUAGCAGCAACAGCAGCGCACCUGGCGGCGAUCCACUGAACCAUCAUCAUCAUGCGCACCAUCACGCCCAUGGGCAUGGUCAACUGUUGCAUGCAGCACAUCAUUUGCAUCACGGCGGCGACUCCAAUUCAUCCAGCGCCAAUAGCACACCGAACAGCACCGCUCAGCUGGCGGCAAGCAUUGCCAACACGUUGAACGGCAACAAGUCGCUGUUGCAAGCGGCAGCCGCCGCCAAUGUGGCUGCUGCCGCCGCCGUUGCCGUUGCCGAGGACAACAACAACAGCCUGACGCCAAAUGCGAAUGCCGCAGCUGCCGCAGCGGCAAUGGCCGCACAUGCCCAGCAUGCCGCCGUCUUGGGUGCCCCAAGCUUCUUGCCCAGCCUGCCCAGCUUGCCGGCAUUCCAGUUUGCCGCCGCCGCUGCCGCCGGACAGGAUGCCCGGGCGCAUUUUCGUUUUGCGGAUGCCGAACUGCAAUUGCAGCCGGGUGUCUCGAUGGCCGGUCGAUUGGGUGAGUCCCUCAUACCCAAGGGUGAUCCCAUGGAGGCCAAGCUGCAGGAGAUGCUGCGCUACAAUAUGGACAAGUAUGCGAAUCAAGCCCUCGACACACUUCACAUCUCGCGACGCGUUCGUGAAUUGUUGUCGGUGCACAACAUUGGGCAACGCCUGUUUGCCAAAUACAUUUUGGGCCUGUCGCAGGGCACCGUCUCCGAGCUGCUGAGCAAGCCAAAGCCCUGGGAUAAGCUGACCGAGAAGGGUCGUGACAGUUACCGCAAGAUGCAUGCCUGGGCCUGUGAUGAUAACGCCGUUAUGCUGCUCAAAUCGCUCAUACCCAAGAAAGAUUCUGGACUGCCACAGUAUGCAGGACGCGGCGCUGGCGGCGAUGAUUCCAUGUCUGAGGAUCGCAUUGCCCACAUACUCAGCGAGGCAUCGUCGCUCAUGAAAAGCAAUGCGGCAGCCGCCCAACAACAACAACAACAACAACAACAGGAGCAUCAGCGACGUCACAUUGGUGCCGAUGAUACGCACAGCAAUGAGGACAGCAAAUCGCCGCAUCAGAGUUGCACUUCACCAUUCUACAAGGUCGAUCAGCAGCUGAAGCAGCAGCAGCAGCAGCAACAACAACAGCAGCAGCAGCAACAGUUGCAUGUCUCGGAGCAUGCGCAACGCGAGCAACGCGAAGCGGCGGCUGCAGCGGCUGCCGUUGCCGUUCAUCAGCAGCAGCAGCAUCGCGAGCAGCGGGAACAGCGCGAGGCGGCACAGCGGGAGCAGCAGCAGCGACUGCGUCACGAGGAUCUGGCUCAGGACAAGAUGGCGCGUCUCUAUCAGGAGCUGAUGGCUCGCACACCGCGUGAGGCAUCCUUCCCAAGCUUUUUGUUGUCGCCGUUCUUUGGUGGAGCCGCCGCCAUGCCGGGAGCAGCAGCCAAUCCCUUUCCCGCCGCAAUGGCCGCCGAUGAGAAUAUGCGUCAUGCGUUCGAGCGGGAAAUCGCCAAGUUGCAGCAACAGCAUCAGCAGCAGGCACAGGCGCAGGUGCAGGCAGCCGGAUUCCCGAACUUUUCCAGUUUGAUGGCACUGCAGCAGCAGGUGUUGAACGGUGCACAGGAUCUGUCGCUGGCCGGCAAGGACAUCAAGUUGAAUGGCCAGCGAUCGUCGCUGGAUCAGCACAGUGGCAGCAGCAGCAGCAAGGAUGGCGAACGGGGCGAUGAUGAGCGCAGCUUUGCGGCCUUGCCACAUGCCCGCAAAUCGGAUGGUGGCAACACACCGGCACCGCCCGCACCACCAGCACCGCCAGCACCACCGAACAGCGGCAGCAAUGCGAUUGCGUCAGCUGCCAAUGCCGCUGUCAAUCAUGGCAGCAACUCGGCAGCGCCGAGUCCAUUGAGCAACUCCAUCUUGCCGCCGGCCCUGAGCAGCCAGGCUGAGGAGUUUGCGGCCACAGCGAGUCCGUUGCAACGCAUGGCAUCCAUAACCAACUCACUGAUCACACAGCCGCCGGUGACGCCGCAUCACUCGCAGCCGCAGCGACCCACCAAGGCGGUCUUGCCACCGAUCACACAGCAACAGUUCGACAUGUUCAACAAUCUCAACACCGAGGACAUUGUGCGACGCGUCAAGGAGGCGCUCUCCCAGUACAGCAUCUCGCAGCGUCUGUUCGGUGAGUCCGUGCUGGGAUUGUCGCAGGGCUCCGUCUCUGAUCUGCUGGCGCGCCCCAAGCCCUGGCAUAUGCUGACCCAAAAGGGUCGCGAACCCUUCAUACGCAUGAAGAUGUUCCUGGAGGAUGAGAAUGCGGUGCACAAGCUGGUGGCCAGCCAGUAUAAGAUAGCGCCCGAGAAGCUGAUGCGCACCGGCAGCUACAGUGGCAGUCCGCAGAUGCCGCAGGGAUUGGCCAACAAGAUGCAGGCCACGCUGCCCAUGCAGAAGAUGAUGAACGAGCUGAAGCUGCAGGAGCCGGCGCAGGCGCAGCACAUUAUGCAACAAAUGCAGGCAGCCGCCGCCAUGUCGGCGGCCAUGCAACAGCAGCAACAGGCAGCUGCCGCACAAGCAGCGGCCGUGCAACAGGCCCAGGCCCAAGCCCAACAGAGUCAGCAGCAGCAGCAGCAGCAACAGCAACAGCAGCAGCAGCAGCAACAACAGCAGGCGGCACAGCAGCAGGCACAGUUGUUGCAUCAUCAGAACAUGUUGCUCACAUCGCCGGGCUUGCCACCGCAACAUGCCAUCAGCUUGCCAGCGGCAAACACGCCCAGCGGCCAGUCGGUUGCGGCGGUGGGCGUGGCCACGCCCGUUAGUGGCGAAAAGAAGCCCAUGAUGAUGCCGGUGCAUGGUGGGGCACAUGCCCCAAAUGCCAUGCGCAGCCUGCAUCAGCACAUGUCGCCGACGGUGUAUGAGAUGGCCGCCUUGACCCAAGAUCUGGACACGCACGACAUUACCACCAAGAUCAAGGAGGCGCUGCUGGCCAACAACAUUGGCCAGAAGAUCUUUGGCGAGGCGGUGCUGGGCCUCUCCCAGGGCUCCGUCUCGGAGCUGCUCAGCAAACCGAAGCCCUGGCACAUGCUGUCGAUCAAGGGACGCGAACCCUUCAUACGCAUGCAGCUCUGGCUGAGCGAUGCCAACAAUGUGGAGCGGCUGCAGCUGCUGAAGAACGAGCGCCGGGAGGCGAGCAAACGGAGACGCAGCACCGGACCCAAUCAGCAGGACAACAGCAGCGAUACGUCCAGCAAUGACACCAACGAUUUCUAUACCAGCAGCCCGGGACCCGGUUCGGUGGGUUCGUCGGUGAGCGGUGCACCGCCCAGCAAGAAGCAGCGUGUGCUCUUCUCCGAGGAGCAGAAGGAGGCACUGCGUCUGGCCUUUGCCCUCGAUCCGUAUCCCAAUGUGGGCACCAUCGAGUUUCUGGCCAACGAGCUGAGCCUGGCCACCCGCACCAUCACCAAUUGGUUCCACAAUCAUCGCAUGCGCUUGAAGCAACAGGUGCCGCAUGGCCAGCCCGGCCAGGAUAAUCCGAUACCCAGUCGCGAGAACACAAAUGCCACACCCUUCGAUCCCGUCCAGUUUCGCAUUCUGCUGCAGCAGCGUCUCGUCGAGCUGCACAAGGAGCGCAUGGGCUUGAGUGGUGCCCCCAUCCCCUACCCACCGUACUUUGCAGCCGCCGCUCUGCUCGGCCGCAGCCUCGCCGGCAUACCGGGCGCUGCGGCGGCCGCUGGUGCGGCGGCAGCGGCAGCCGCUGCUGUGGGCGCCGCUGGCGGUGAUGAGUUGCAGGCAUUGAAUCAGGCGUUCAAGGAGCAGAUGAGCGGCUUGGAUUUGUCGAUGCCAACGCUGAAGCGUGAGCGCAGCGAUGACUAUCAGGAUGAUCUGGAGAUGGAUGCCAGCGGUCAUAUGAGCGCUCACCUCAGCGACAAUGAGUCCAUCGAGGGUGGACUCCACGAGCCGGAGCAUACGCCCAUCUCCGACUACGAGAAGGCGCUGCAAAAGUCAGCGCUUGCCUCCGCUGCCGCUGCCGCCGCCUACAUGAGCAAUGCGGCACGCAGCUCACGCCGCAAGCCCGCUGCCCCCCAGUGGGUGAAUCCCGCCGGAACUGGCACGCCCACAGCGGCUGCCGCUGUGGCUGCGGUCGCUGCUGCUGCUGCUGCCGCGGCGGCGGCUGCUUCUGCGGCAGCAACUGGCGGCGAUAGCAGCGAGCGGAUUAUCAAUGGCGUCUGUGUGAUGCAGGGAUCCGACUACAGUCGCGACGAGAGCGACAGCAACAAAGGCGCCAACGAUGCGGACAACGAUGAGCAUGCGCAGCUCGAGAUCGAUCAGCGUUUCAUGGAGCCCGAGGUGCGCAUUAAGCAGGAGGAGGACGACGACGACGAGCAGCAGCAGCAGCAACAACAACUGCAACAACAACUGCAGCAGCAGCAGCAGGAGGAGGAGAGCGAUGCGGCUGAGCAGCAGCUGAAGGUGAUCAAUGAGGAGAAGCUGCGCUUGGUGCGCGUGCGGCGUCUUAGCAGCAACGGCGACGCCGAGGAGCAUUGUGCGGCAGCGCAGCAAGCGACGGUGGCAGCGACGCCAGCAGCAGCUGCAUGGAACUAUUAAAGUGCAACUGACUCCGACUCCAACUCCGACUCCGUUCCCGCUGAAUCGAGUGCAAUGAAGACGUUUACUUGUGAUUAAGUUUGGCAGCGGCCCCAGCAAAUGUUUCGUUAGAUACAUCUUUAUAUAUAUAUAUACAUACAUAAAUAUAUAAACACACACAUAUGCAUAUAUGUAA